AUGGCAGGACGUACCAUAACUUCAUUAUGUCUUCUUACAGAGGAAAAUCCACCACCUCUCUUUGUGGGAAGGGAAGAUGGAACUGUUGAGCAAUACUACUCACCCGAUGCAGCCUCUUAUGGAAAACCAGUAUUAACUUUCUAUGGUCAUUCUAAAACUGUUACUGGUAUCGCUGCACCAUCGUUUGAAGAAGUUUAUACGUGUUCAAUGGAUGGUACUAUUCGUCAGUGGUCUACUGACACAGAUCAGGAACACACUAAACGUUGUGUACAGGUAUCUAAUUUAUCAACACCCUUGCGUUGUAUGGCAGUGCAUGAGGGUCGUAUCUACGCAGGUGGAAAUGAUGGAUGUCUUUAUGUGAUUGAGGGGUCUCGUACCUCCGCGUGGUCUGGACAUAAAGAUGCUCUUUCUUGCAUCGCUUUCGGUGUAGAGGAAGGACAACUUAUAAUUACAGGAGGUUACGAUAAUCACAUCCGUGUUUGGGAUGCAAAUUUGGGAAAGACUAUUAGAGUAUUGGUUGGUCAUCAAAAUCACGUAAAAUGUUUACGCGUUGCAGCUGCAGGAGAGUUACUCUUCUCAUUUGGACGUGAUCUUACUAUGCGUAUUUGGCGAUUACCAGAAUUAACUGAUGAGACGGAUGAAGAACCACAAUAUACAGGCGGUGAUUCUGGUCGUCAAGCAACUGUUUCCUUUAGAGAACCAGCUGUCACAAGUAGGAAAUCUGCUACCGAGUAUACGGGUUCCGAUAGUGGUCCCACCGCUACUGACGAAGAUAGUAAUGAUACCAAAGAGAAUAAACAAGAGUCUAAUUCAGCUCUAGAGGGAGAGACAGGGAAAAAUGAUAUAUCUGCUGCGGAUCUUUACCGUGCUGCAGCAAAAGAAGCUGCAAAAGUUAAAUCAGCCCUUAAAGUACGACCUGAACCUCCAAUAAGACAGUUAAAACCAGUGGGAACGAUUGAAAUACCUGAAUUACCGCACUUGGUAACAGCAAUGAGGGAUGAAGCCGCAUAUUGUUUUAUUGGUGCAUCUGAUGGGUAUAUUUUGGGUAUAAAUGCGAGGUCACUUUCAAAGACAGUAUUACAGUUUUUAUCUCGUAAUACUGCGAAAGUACGAGCUGAUACACGCGAAACACGUCAGACACUUCGUCUGGCAAUAAAUGCUAUUAAGAAACGUUGCAGAAAAGCUAUUAGAGAUAAAAAACGGGAAUUAAUACGGGCGGCAAAAAAAGCAAAAGCGGCGAAAAAAGCUGAAGAACGAAAAGAACGAGCUGCAGCUCGUGCUACGGCUCGUGCAGAAAAAGCUGCAGCUCGUGCCGCCGCUAGAGCAGAAGAUGAUGAAGAUGAGGAAUAUGAAGAAGAAGAAGCUGAUGAGGAUGAGGAAUAUGACUCACAAGAAGGUCAAGAGAGUGGUGAAGAUGAUGAGCAGCAAGAGGAGGAGGAAGAAGACCCUCUCGCAUUAUUAGAUGAUGACCAGCGUGAAGAACUCACAACUUUCCGUAAAGCACAGGAAAAGGAAAGGGAUGAUGAAAUUCUGAAACUUCGCACUGCUGCAGAAAAGAGGAAUGUAGAAGUUGGGCGGAUUGGGUCCGCCACCUUUGAUACCACACGAGAUCAGUUUUUCCGAUUGAGUUUUACAAAUUUCAAAAAAAUUGGAGGCGAGGCAGUUCAGGCGUUAGCGCUUCUACCAGAUGGCACAUGUUAUGCUGCUCAAUCGGAUCGUGUCAUGCGUGUUGAUCUUACACCUGGUAUCACUUACUUGUAG